GAACCAUACCCUUAGCCCGGGCUAUUGAAUAAGAUGCACCUUGUCACACGUUGCAUCCGGUCCUGCUGCAUUGACAGUUGCAAGAAUGGCAGCAUUCUCUGAAAUGGGUGUUAUGCCUGAAAUUGCGCAGGCAGUGGAGGAGUUGGGCUGGCUACUGCCAACUGACAUCCAGGCAGAGUCGAUCCCACUCAUCCUCGGCGGCGGUGAUGUCCUCAUGGCAGCAGAAACUGGAAGCGGCAAAACGGGGGCCUUCAGUAUUCCUGUGAUUCAGGUUGUGUACGAAACUCUUAAGGACGAACAAGAGGGCAAGGGUGGGAAAGGAAAAUCAUCUGUGAAGUCAGGAGGAGCAAUCUUUAACAAAUGGCAGAUGAAUCCAUAUGACCGCAGUCCAGCUUUUGCUAUCGGCGCUGACGGAAUGUGCUGCCAGAGCAGGGAGUUUAAAGAGUGGCACGGCUGCCGUUCCACUAAAGGGGUCACAAAAGGGAAGUACUACUACGAAGUGUCCUGCCAUGAUCAGGGUCUCUGUCGCAUCGGAUGGUCUUCCAGCCUGGCUGCCCUGGACCUAGGAACUGAUAAGUUCAGCUUUGGUUUUGGCGGAACGGGAAAGAAGUCCCACAACAAACAAUUUGACAGUUAUGGCGAGGAGUUCACCAUGCAUGAUACUAUUGGAUGUUACCUGGAUCUCGACAAGGGCCACAUCUCUUUCGCCAAAAACGGUACGGACCUCGGCUUGGCUUUUGAGAUCCCACCCCACAUCAAGAAUCAGCCACUCUUUGCUUCUUGUGUCCUCAAGAAUGCAGAGUUGAAGUUCAACUUUGGCGAUGAGGACUUUAAGAACCCUCCCAAGAGUGGUUUCAUGGCCCUGUGCCAAGCCCCAGACGGGCACAGUGUCAAGUCAUCGCAGGCAGGCAGUGCCAAGGUGAGCCAAGUGAAAGUGGUCUCCAAUGCGCCUAAAGCCCUGAUUAUCGAGCCGUCCAAGGAGCUGGCAGAGCAGACCCUCAACGUGGUCAAACAGUUCAAGAAAUACGUGGAGAACCCCAAAGUCAGGGAUCUACUGAUAAUUGGAGGCGUGGCUGCCAAAGAACAGCUGGCGGUUCUGGAACAAGGGGUUGAUAUUGUCGUCGGAACCCCUGGGAGACUAGAUGACCUCAUAUCAACCGGCAAACUCAGCAUGUCUCAGAUCCGCUUCCUGGUCCUGGACGAGUGUGACGGUCUCCUGUCUGCAGGGUAUACCGACUUCAUCACCAGGCUGUAUAACCAGAUCCCGCAGGUCACCUCAGACGGGAAACGACUGCAGGUGAUCGUGUGCUCGGCCACGCUGCACUCCUUCGACGUGAAGAAGCUGUCGGAGCGCAUCAUGCACUUCCCCACCUGGGUGGACCUGAAGGGCGAGGACUCUGUCCCCGAGACGGUGCACCACGUGGUGGUCCCCGUGGCGCCCAAGAAGGACCGGCUCUGGGAGCGCCUGGGCAAGAACCACAUCCAGACCGACGAGGUCCAUGCCAAAGACAACACAAGACCAGGAACCAACACUGCAGAGGCGUGGUCGGAGGCUGUCAAGCUGUUGAAGGGCGAGUACACCAUCAGGGCCAUCACCGAGCACAAGAUGGACCAGGCCAUCAUCUUCUGCCGCACCAAGAUCGACUGCGACAACAUGGAGCAGUACUUCACCCAGCAGGGAGGCGGUCCGGAAAAGACCAAGGAACACCUGUUGUCUUGUGUCUGUCUCCAUGGUGAUAGAAAACCCCAAGAACGGAAGAACAACUUGGAGCGGUUCAAGAGGAAGGAGGUGAGGCACUUGAUCUGCACGGACGUUGCCGCCCGAGGAAUCGACAUCCACGGAGUCCCUUACGUGAUCAACGUGACCCUACCCGAUGAAAAGCAGAACUAUGUCCAUCGUAUUGGCAGGGUUGGAAGAGCAGAGAGAAUGGGACUGGCCAUCUCUUUGGUUGCAGUGGAAAAGGAGAAGGUGUGGUACCAUGUGUGUGCCAACCGCGGCAGGGGCUGCUACAACACGCGGCUGAAGGAGGAAGGAGGCUGCACCAUCUGGUACAACGAGAUGGAGCUCCUGUCUGACAUCGAGGAGCAUCUGAAGUGCACCAUCACGCAGUGCGAGGCGGACAUCAAAGUGCCCCUGGACGACUUUGAUGGAAAGGUUACCUACGGCAAGCGCAAGGCCAUGGGAGGGAGUAACUACAAGGGUCACGUGGAAGCCCUGGCCCCGACGGUACAGGAGCUGGCAAACCUGGAGAGAGAGGCCCAGACUUCCUUCCUGCAUCUUGGGUACAUGCCCAACCAACUCUUCAGAGCAUUCUAGAAGCGCAACACACCGCACUAUUGAUAAACCACCGGAACGCCAUUAGGCUGAGUCAGCCGGAGCCCGCGACCACGACCUGUUGUGCUGCUUUUUGAGGACGAGGAUGAACUGGAUGGUGUUAUGUGCUAUGUUUCUUUAUUGGGGGGCCUGUCAGGCCAUUCGGCACUUGGUAUUAUGUCAGGGAUGAGAUCCGACUGAAACGGUUAACAAGGUUUUUCUCAAGUGAUGGGGACUUCAUUGCGGAUGGGUAUCGAUGAGUAGAUGAUUGAUGAUACGGUGUGUUUUCAGGGGGAAAAGCCAAUUAUGACUGAUCACUUAGCAGGCUUCAUAUCGCAGGGUUUACAGAAUAUAUGUAUAUCAUUUACCUGUUCUUUAUGUGUAUUUAAUUUUAGAAUUAAAGAAGGGAGCAUCUGGGGCAAUGAAGUUUCUGUAAUUUAGUUUCAAACAUUUGAUGGUCGCUGAAUCGUUUUAUUUGUCCCCCCAUAUUCCAGUGUGUUGAAAACACGGAAUACAUUUCCAAGAAAGAAAAUAAACUUCUUGAAAACCGUAA